AUGUCUCAUAUUGAUCCUGAGCUUCUUCGGAUUAUAGGUACUGAUGACAACACAGUUUUGGACUUUCUGUCGAACAUCAAGAAAUCAUCGGGCGAUGUGAACGAUUUUAAGGAACGGAUUGAUAAACUCGAUGUGAUCCUAACGCCGGAAGAUGCCAAAACCGCUUAUUUAUUGCUUCCAGUUGAAAAAGAUUCGAAGGAAUUUGAUCCUCGUAGUGAGGUCUCUUGCCUUUUAAAACAAAGUUUGGGCAUAGAUGAUUAUGUUGUUGUAGAUUUUAUCCUAAACAAGGCUAAAGAAUGCAAAAGAUCAGAUAAAUUUGCUGAGAAUUUAGAUGAGCUGGGGUGUGGAAUCAAUAAGGAACUUGCUGAGCAAAUCUUCUCUAUUUUGGGCACGUCACCAGGUGAAAGCACAAAGGCAAAGUCUUUGCAACACAUGACAGUUGGUGAAAGUACGGCACAUGGGCUCACGCUCCCAAACAAGAAGAUAAAAUGGGAGGAACUUAGUGACACGAAGGACCUUUUACCCUCAGACAAUUUGAAGCAACAGCUUUUGGAUCCGGCACCUGUUAUGGGUAAAACAUACGAAGGUACAGUUAAAAAUGUAGCUUCUUUCGGUUGCUUUGUUCAGAUAUGUGGCACAGAGGAAAAAAACUGUACGGGUCUAGUUCAUAUAUCUGCGCUAUCUGAUACAAGGGUGAGAAACCCUAAUGAUAUUGUGCAGGUGGGGCAGAAGGUUUUUGUGAAAGUAGUAAAGCUCCAAAUGAACGGUAAGGUAUCAUUGAGUAUGAAGAAUAUUAACCAAUUAACUGGUGAAGAAGAGGGCAGUGGCGCGAAUAAUACUCCUAUUGGGAUAAGAGGUAGAUCCUCCAAAGCUCAAGAAGUAGUUACGGAAAGGAGACCCUUGACGUCUCCUGAAAGGUGGGAAAUUAGACAACUUAUAGCUAGUGGAGCUGCUUCAGUAGAAGAAUACCCAGAAUUGAAUCAUAAAUCAAGUGAUGAAACCAAUUCGUAUACCGAUGGACAAAAAGAAGAGGGUAAAGACAACAGCUUAAUGGAAGAUCUCGAGGUUGAAUUGAAUUUAGAUGAUGAGCCGAAAUUCCUGCGGGGACAGCUGGAUAAUGGACCAAAAAAGUAUGAACCUCCAAAAAUAGUAAGGGUACCGAAAGGCUCUAUGAACAGGGUAGCCAUGAACGGGUCCAAUCUUAUGAAGGAACAUAGGGAAAAUAAGAUGCUAAGGAAAAAGGAAAUCGAGCAGCAAAUAAGGAAAAAACAAGCUAUGGGAGAGCUGGGUGAUAAUCCUGAGGAUAGGAAAGUUGAUUUAUCUGACCUCCGACAGCAACUAGUCAUUACAGCAUGGGAAAGGAACAGAAUGAGGGAACCAAUAGCGUUUGGUAGGAAAACUUCAAUGCCUAUUAGUUCACAAAGAAAAUCCCUACCUGUAUACCAGAUGAAGGACGCAUUAAUGAAGGCCGUUAGAGAAAACCAAUUUCUCAUUAUAGUGGGGGAGACUGGUUCAGGUAAGACUACUCAAAUCACUCAGUAUCUCAAUGAUGAAGGCUUCAGUGACGGUGGAAUAAUUGGAUGCACACAACCGCGUAGGGUUGCUGCCGUAUCUGUAUCAAAAAGGGUCGCUGAGGAAAUUGGCUGUAAAUUGGGUGAUGAGGUCGGAUACACUAUAAGGUUUGAAGAUAUGACGUCUGCGAAAACCAGGAUAAAAUACAUGACAGAUGGUAUGCUUCAAAGAGAGGCGUUACUGGAUCCCACCAUGUCAAAAUAUUCAGUGAUUAUGCUGGACGAAGCUCAUGAGAGGACAGUAGCAACGGAUGUUCUUUUCGCACUGCUCAAACAAGCAGCUAAAAAAAGGCCUGACCUUAAAGUGAUUGUAACGUCUGCUACUCUGGAUUCUGCAAAAUUCUCCGAGUACUUUUGCGGCUGUCCUGUAAUCAACAUUCCCGGUAAAACAUUCCCUGUUGAAGUAUUAUACUCGCAAACACCUCAAAUGGACUAUAUAGAGUCCGCUUUGGAUACUGUUGUUGAAAUUCAUGUAAAUGAAGGUCCUGGUGAUAUUCUUGUGUUUCUGACAGGGCAAGAUGAAAUUGAUUCAUGCUGUGAAGUACUAUAUCAGAGAGUGAAAACUUUGGGAGAUAGCAUAGGGGAACUCUUGAUUUUACCCGUCUAUUCUGCUUUACCCAGUGAAAUCCAGUCUAAAAUUUUUGAGCCUACCCCAGAAGGCUCUAGAAAGGUCGUUUUUGCGACCAAUAUCGCAGAGACGUCUAUUACUAUCAAUGGUAUUUAUUACGUCAUUGAUCCAGGUUUUGCAAAAGUGAAUACAUUCAAUCCAAGAGUGGGCAUGGAGCAACUAGUCGUGUCUCCGAUAUCACAAGCGCAAGCCAACCAAAGGAAAGGUAGGGCAGGCAGAACAGGACCCGGAAAAUGUUAUAGGUUGUAUACGGAGUCCGCAUUCUACAACGAAAUGUUGCCAAAUACCAUACCGGAAAUUCAACGACAAAACUUAUCUUUAACCAUUUUGAUGCUUAAAGCUAUGGGUAUUAACGACCUGAUUCAUUUUGAAUUCAUGGAUCCGCCGCCCAAGAAUCUUUUAAUGAAAGCUCUGGAAGAACUUUUCAACUUGCAAGCUUUGGAUGAUGACGGACUUUUGACAAAGUUAGGAAUGCGAAUGUCCCAGUUUCCAAUGGAGCCGACACUAGCAAGGGCACUUCUAGCAUCAGUAACAAACAAUUGUUCUGAAGAUAUCAUCAUUGUUAUAUCAAUGCUUUCUGUACAAAAUGUAUUUUACAGACCAAAGGGUAAAGAGCAGGAAGCAGAUAACAAGAAGGCAAGAUUUCAUCAUCCAUAUGGUGAUCAUUUAACACUAUUGAAUGUGUAUAAGCGCUGGCAGCAAGCCAAUUGUACCGAGCAAUUUUGCACUCUGAAUUUUUUACAGUCCAGGCAUUUGAAACGUGCCAGAGAUGUAAGGAAUCAGUUGAUGGCAAUCUUCAGCAGAUUUAAACUACCCAUAGUUAGCUGUCAUGGUGACCCGAGUAUAAUCCGAGAAACUCUGGUUUCCGGUUUUUUCUUCAAUGCGGCUAAGAGGGACUCCCAGGUUGGCUAUAAAACGCUAACAGGUGGGACAGCAGUGGGAAUCCAUCCUUCAAGUUCGUUAUACGGCAAAGAAUAUGAAUACGUGAUGUAUCACAGUUUAGUGCUGACGAGUAGAGAGUAUAUGUCUCAAGUCACAGCUAUCGAUCCAAAGUGGCUGAUCAAGGCAGCGCCCCAUUUCUAUAAAAUCACUGAUGAAGAGAGCCAAUCAAGAAAAAAAGCCAAGAUUGUUCCAUUGCAUAACAGGUACUCAAAGGAUCAAAAUUCUUGGAAAUUGAGUUCUAUUAGGCAAUCUCGAGAGAAAGCACUGGGAAUCAAAAGGUAG